AUGGGCAACUUUCGAGAUUGGCGUAGAUCCCCGGCUUAUUUGGAGGGUCUCUGUGAUCCCUACUACCGCGUGGAGGAUGAAGGCUCGCAGGCAGUUACUCGCUCUGGGCGGGGAAUCCGUGCCCCUGGUCGGGCUGCGAUAGACUUCCGUGCCAGAUAUGGCCACUCUCUACGAGUUCUGAAGCACAAUGUGAGUAACCAUAUUGACUGGCAGAGUCGAUACGUGUCGUCUCUUAUUUCGACGUACCGUGACGAAGAAGCCGCCUGGGCUGAGGCAGAGCGGCGAGUGGCUCGUGGCAGACAGAACGUGACAAUCACGGUCAUCGAUGCUCGGAAGGUGUAUGGGAAGGUAGAGUAUCGCAACUUACGUCACCUUGCGCAUGAACUAAACAUUCCAAUACCACGUAAGGCUUGGCAUAACUCCAAACAUGAAUAUGUUUUCCUCCGUCACGUCCCAGAGCGUGCAGUGCAACAUGUCAUUUCUGUGAAUUGA